CUAUAAUUAGCGGCGCCGCGCCGGCGCGGUAACGAUUAGCAGAAGAGGGUUACUUCCACACGCGGCAUGCCCAAGUCAGUACACACUGUUGCGAGGAAUAUGAUUUAGUUCUAUUUUUUUCGAAAAAGAAUUAAUUUUUUGCCAAUCAUACUGGUUUCCUUUGUCAUCGGAUAAAACUUCUAAAAACAUAUUUGAAUUAGUCAUGAAGUUUACUGUUCGCGCUGUAUAUAUUGUUUGUGUAAAAUUUGUUCAUGUCAUCAUUUUCGUGCGAUGCGUAGCGGUGCGUUGCGUAUUCGCGGCCCUCGUCGGCGGCGAUGAUAAGCCUCCGUGUGCGACCGGCCGGAUACGUUAUCGCGCUGUUAUCGUCGUACGAGAAUGCCCGUUAUUCCACGUUUUCUUCAUAUUGUCGGUUAUGUUUUUGUAAAAGUAAAAGUCAUGUUCUCAGUGCCAAAGUUUCUAAGUUCUCGUGUAUUUUUGGUUUAGUGUGGUGGCACUGAGACAUUUAUCUUCAUUGUGGUGUCCGGCGGCCUUAGCCUUCGUGGUGAAUGUCGUCGGACCCAUCUCGCUCUCGUUUUUGUGUCUUCGUGGUGUGCACAUCUAAUUUCAUUUUUGUCAAGUCCGUACGUCCGCAGCCAUUUAUACACUGCGGUGUGCCGUCUAAGGCAUUUGUCUAGUCACAGGGUUGGUGCAGUCGCGUGGAUGCAAUCAGCCACUCAACAUAGUCACAUGUUAUUUGAAAUGGAAAACCGCCCUCGCUGUAUCAAAAACAUGGAUGUUAUAGCAUGGGUUCCUGGUAUUCCUGGACAUGGUCCUAAAUUUCCACUACCAGAUAAUUCCCAACCAGGAACUCUUUGUUUAAAAUACAAAGGAAUGAAAAUCUUCAUCACAUGUAAAUCCACUAAAUUACAAAGCGACAGCAACAUAGCUAAGGACGUCAAAGAAAAAAAAAUAAUGUCAAUGAUAAAUUUAAAAGCAGCAAGUCACCUACUCAAAUCAGGUACAAACCAGCAGACUCAGAAUAUACAGUAGGAGAAGUAAGGAGUUAUUCGGAAGGACAAAAGUUUUCUGCUGUGCCCUUAAAACGUUCUGUUGGUGUCCAAUGGAAUGUUGAUGAUACCGAAGGCACCACUCCAGUUAACCACUCCAGACGAGACAUGUAGAUAGACUAACAGUCUAAUAGACCGUUAAAUUACAGCGAAUUGGGUUCAACGAAUUUAUCACAAAACUUGCUCGCCAGCCAAUGACGAUUGAUAAUCCGAUUUAAUCUCUUGCUCCGAAACAUAAAAAUUUAGAUCUUGGUGGUGUUAUGUAUGGAAUCGGAAUACAGAUUUGCAGAUUUUUAAAAUGCCCAAUAUUUAUUUGUUCAUUUUUACCUAAUAGCGAUUCGUCCGAUUUAAUAUCUUCCUCCGAAGUCAGAAAAAACGACCUGAUGAACACUAAAUUCCAUUUCGAAAAUUUUUAUAAAAUCACCUCUUCGAUCUAUUAAUUUGAAACUUACACAGCUCGUAGCAAGUACACUAAGCUACCAUCCCUGCGAGUUUGUUGACCCUCCUCCAAAUAUCAUGGAGCCGACGUUCUGAUUAUGCAUUAUGCAACAUGAAUGGCUCUAAGUGCGUAAAAACUAGAUAUAACGUACUUCAUUGGCUUGGUAGUAUCUUAAAUAUUUACCCACUGAACUCAAAACUAUAUUACUUAUUUCUGAAACUUUAG